AUGCCAAAUGAUCCUAAAAAGCUCUUAGAGAAUUUAUGUGACGGCCUCGAGAAAUUCCUCGGCUUCAACUCUGAGUCCAAAGGCUACGACGGCACUGGAAUUGUGUACUCCGACUUGGACAGGCUGUGUGACGGGGUGAUGGGAUUUUUGAGUGGUGUGCUUGGUGCGGUGAAAAACGAAAAUGAAGUGACAACUUAUGAUAAUUACAUCAGUGAACCUGAGAAAAGACUUAAUAAAGUACUAGAUGAGGUAACUAAAAAUAUUGGCUCCGGGCGUACUGGGCUUGUGGAGUCUGUCGGCGCGGUGAAGGGGUGGCUGGAGGGGUAUGAGAGGAAAACAAGUGACUUAACAAAUAAACUAAAUGAAGAAUUAACAACGCUAAAAGACAGCAAAAUUGUUGAAAAAAUGGGUGAAAUCAACAAUGUUCAGAAUCAAGGUUUAAACGCUAUGAAUAACGCUUUCAAGGAGGCUGUAAAAGCGUUAGGGACUGAGAUGAGGAAGCUUAAGAACAACAAAGAUGGGCAUUCAGGGUUAGAUAAUGCGUUAAAAAACAAGCUGGACAGUCCAAUGGGUAAAAUAGAGGCUGCGAUUGAUGUUUUAAAAAAGUCGUCAGGUAAUGACGUUAUUGGGUGGCAGGCCAAGUUGGUGGAUGAGACUCUGAGGGAUGAAGAAAUCUCGAUGCUUAGGAAAAUAGCAGAUGAAUCUCAACAACUUCAAGUGAAAGUGGAUGGAGCAUUUAUAAAUACAUUGAAGGAAACGUAUCGAAUGCGUGAGUGUAAGAGAGAACAUAUAUCUGCUGUUAAGAAUAGGUUAGGGGAUGCGCAGAAAUUUCUGGUCGAAAAUUUUGACAGUCAGUAUACGUACAAAAUUUGGGGGUAUUUUAACGAGAUACGAAAUAAAGUAAAACAUCUCUACAACAAUUUGGCAACAAUUAGGUUGCGAAUGGUAGAGUUGCUUAGGGUAACGCAGGAAGAGUUUACGACUCUGAAAACUCAGGUUGGGAAUGGAUCAACGGACGGUUUAGUGAAGCACUGGGGUACGCUGAGAGAUGAGAUUACGACGCUUAUUAAUGGUGAAAUAGUUGGCGGGGAUAAUGGUAUUCGGCGUAUUAUUAGCGGAGUUGGCAUGUAUGCGGUUGGGUUUAACGGAAAGACCGCAUUGGGGAAUAUAGUUAAAGAGUGGAUGAGGGAAAUUCUAAAGCACGAACCAAUAAAAACUAACAUCGAUGCGUACGUACGUGGAAAUAAGAACGGUUUUAAUGGUAGUUUAGGACAUGACACCACGUCAAUCGUUUCUCACGUAACCUUAGUUAUUCAGGAGAAGAUUGCGGAUGCGCUGAAGCAAAUGAAGCCCAAUAUAUUGCUUGGAACUCAAUCCACAGUGGACGGAGAUCUGUCUGAAACUGUAAGGUAUCUCGAUAAGUUUGCAAGUGCAGUAACGGAGAACGAAAGCAACGUAAUAAAUCUAAUUGAGCAACAGCUUGGGGACGAUCAAGAGUUGCUUUUUUCUAAUGCGUCUACCUCCUCCUAUAAACCGUAUCUAGAUGAUGCAGUCAACGCUACUCUGACCGCUGUUGCCUCUGCCGCCAGGCAAGUUGCUUUACAACUGGAUAAAUUUAGAACGACUUCCAAGAUUGCCAAUCUAACACGGAUCAGAAAAAAUUUGGAAGCAAUCCCUUUGAAGCUUGGCGGCGAUGAUAACCCUAUAGGUCAACAAAUUACUAACGCAUUUGUCAUUGUGCAAAAAAAAAUUAACGAGCUUGAUAAAUAUCUAAUUGAUCAAACUGGAAAUGAAUCGCUUCAUAAUGCUGUCGGAAAUCUCAAGGAAGACGUGAUUGAUAAGCUCAACAUUCUUCAAAAUGGAAGGGGUGAGAAGGCGCUGGAUGACGAUGUUGUUAUUGAGAAGAAGACGGAUGAAGCAGAAAAUGCGAUGAAGGAGUUGAAGCAAGAAAUGACAAAGAAACUUGACGCAAUCCUAUCAGCAGUUGAUAAUGCCGAUUCAUACUUGGACAAAUACAUUAAUGAAGUUGAGAACACUAUUCGUAACGGCGGUCAGGAUUUGACACAACAAAUCGCCAAAGGUAAGCAACACCUUACCGAUGAAACAACUAAAGCGUUUAAAGAACUCACCAAAAAUAUCAGAACACUGUUCGCUACCCAAAAGAUUGCCGACCUGAAUUCUCUCAAGGAAUUGGUUGGUGCGCAGCACGUAGAAAUCAUGAAAUUAAUUGACGAGGACAAAAUCAGUGGUACGAAAGGUCUGCUAAACAAAAUUGAAACGUGGUUCCCACAACAUGGUACACCCAUCCUUUUCAAGACUCCAUUGUCUUAUGAAUCAGUCACAACGGAGUUCAAGUAUUUAUUGGACUCUCUCCUCGAGUACACUGAGGAGCAGGUUAAGACACCGUAUAAAACUCCCCUUAAGCCUGCCGAGAAUGAUAAUUCUAUCAAAGUGUAUGACGUAAAAUAUUGUGCCGACAAGCUACUUAGUCAAUUAACCUUCUCGAAUCACUUUGAUCAAGUCUUUAGUGAUAACCUAACCGCGCUGAGAAAGCAACUCACCACUUUCACCCCCUCCAAGUUCAACGGCAUUCACAACCCCGCGUUGGCAGAUGCCUUACGUGCCGGUCUGACUGAUUGCUGUGGUCAGCUCAACCACGCCUACGUUAACAGCUACUCCGGCCUGACCGUCGAGUGGUCUAAGAGAAUUAACGGCAAACCUCAAUUGACCGACGACGCCGACCGGUGCGCCAAGCUUUUCCUUACUUGCUUGUCCACUCUGUUUGAAUACCUCAGCAAGCUGAUGAAUGAGUGUCAAUACGCUUGGAUUUCUCAAAUAAUUAAUUCAAAGACAGAUCUCGGAAAAUGGUUCGGGCAGUGCGGCUUCCGUGUUUCCACGUCUGACGCAAACCGGGACGGUGAGUUGAGGAACACUUCGGAAUUGCAGGGCCGCCACCUCAUACGCCUGCUUAUUAAAGAUGAUAAAGUGUUCAACAAAUAUUAUGUCGGAAAUCUAAACGACAUCUAUAAUAGUCUGCAGACGUAUCUCCGUGUCUGCCACCUCACUCCCCGCCCUAAGCCUAGGUCACCGUGCAGCGUGUACGACAUGCUCUGCUGGCUGACUGGCCUCACUUACAGAUCGUACUACCAAGACGUAUCGCUUAACAGCUUCAAUGAUUUGCUCGACAAACCUGAAAGAUCAGACGACGCUUUUGAGGUAGACGGUAUCUCUCUUGAAAUCCAAACUGCCAAAUCCUUGGUGGCGUAUCCCCAAACCAUCACCGCCGCGAAUUUAACAGACGCCAUCACAGAAGUAUGCUACUACGCGGAAGAUGUAUUGAUCACCGUACUCGGCCACGGAGAUGCUGACUGCACGUACGCCGUUGAGCAUUCCAACAACUCACUCAACUUGUAUUAUCCGCCUCGCAGUGAGGACUGCCUUCAGAUGAUCAUCGAUGUGCUUCGAAGUAUGCUGCAGCCGCUCACAUUUUUGAAAAAGCAAUGCGCGCUGGAAACAAAAUAUUACGGUUGGCAGCAGUGUACGUAUGGCAGCGGGGUUCAGCCUUCCUGUUGGCAGUGCGGUGAGCACUCUUCCAUCUAUCCGUCGUCCAGUCACGAUUGUUCAGGCACGUCGCCCCUGCAGCUGUACCUGACUGACAGUCUAGGAGGCAUGUUGCCUCACAGUCUGAGUUCCAUCGGUUGCAAAUCGUCAUGUUCCACCUGCACCAAAUCGUCGCCUGGAAUGCCAUGUUUGACUCCCCUCGGAUUCAGCCGUUUCUCGAGAGGUACGCGCACAGGCAAAGACCUAAGCAACGUGCUGACCAAAUUCCUAAGUAACGACCAUGUUACGUGCCUGCUCACGCUGGUCCCCAAACCGCCAUCCACAUUGCCCGAACACUACGCUUUUGCCAUGUCGCUUGUUAAAGGAUUGCAAGGAACAGGUAAUCGUCCCGUACUUACAUGGGUAAACGAAUCCGUCCACAAACAAUCCAUUAAAUUAUACAACGCUGCUGAAAUUACAAACGCCUUGAAUAAAGCGUAUGGUAGCAGUGUUGAGAAUCAUGAACCUAAGAAGCAUCUACCUGCACUCACCGACUUGUCCAGCCUGUCGAUGAAAACGCCCUGUUCUGAUCAAGAUGUUCACUGCGCUCCAUACGUCGACUGCUUAUCUGCCAACUGCUAUAAAUUCAUGGCCAAGCAACACGCAAACCUGUAUCUUUCGUGGUCCAUAUAUCUGCCAUGGAAUCUCUGGAAUUAUCUAUGUUCUCUACUUGACGCAUUUGGAAGCAUCAACUGCAAAAGUUUCGGGUGCCCCGGAUGUUCAUGUAAACCAUCAUCUCACGGCACCAAACACAAUUGCAGAUGCAGAGCUCUCGUAUGUUGCCGUGCCGUGCUGCCCACAUUCUACAGAUACGGGUUUACAUUUAAGGACCCUCAAAAAUUGCUGGAUGGUAGACACAGGAAGCGUUGCAGUCAUUUCUACACUCAACUGGAGAGUGUAGUCAAAUCGACGUAUUUCACCAAACUAUUCGAUCAGUGCGAUAUGAUCUUGUGGAGAAUCCGUGAACCAUUCUCCUACCUUGUCCUCGCCCUCUGGCUCCUCUCUCUCCUCUACCUCCUCCACAUCAUGGUCAUCCGCCUAGACCUGCUCCACAUCAAAUCGCAUCUACAUAGUCCAUCAUCGCAUCGUAUAGCUGCUCAAUCACUACUGGCUGCAGCACGUGUUGGCAAGCUUAACAGGGUGUUUUAUCUGCAGCCAUAA